GACCGCUACAUCAGUAUAGCUUUCUAGAGCACUCGCGAUUAUCAAGACAGACAACAUCUCGAAAGAAGAAGAAAAAAAUCCAUCCGGUUAGAGGAGUUAUAAAGAAUAUUUUGACUCUUGACGGGCUUAUUUUCAGUGAAGAUAAACAUAGUACCCGGUCGAACAUAAUCACCGAAUGACGUAGACUGCUUUUAGGUCUAGGUAAUAACAUACAAAGCCUCAUCGAGAAUACACAUCUCGUAUCUUGUCUACACAGUGGGUAUCAGCAUAACAUUAGCAUCGCUUCUUAUUUAAACCUGGAAUCGUGCAUCCCAUAAGAGUUUGCUUAACGGAAGGAUGUCAUUUUUAAAGGGCCUCGUGAACAUCAUUAAUGUGGUCGACAAGGCGACAAACGACGAAUUCGAGGUAACGAGGGAGGGUCGAAGAUUCAAGAUACUGGUUCAUGGUCGCUUUCAUCACCCGUCCGAACCCUGGGUUUACGACGUCACCGCCACCGAUGUGAUCACGGGAACAUCGGAGAAAAUCAGGCACUUUGACAGGAAAGAAGACGGCGUGAACGAGGCCGCCAACGCCGUCCUCCACGCUUUGAGAGAGAAAGGCGUGGUAGGAGGUGUUCCCAUGGUUACCACAGAGGACCGUGGACAGAUAGCACUCGCCUCACGGAGUGAAGACAUUAACCUCGGGGGAGCACCAGCAGUAUUUCAGUAUGGCAUAGAACCUGAUGUAGAUGGCUUGUACACUUCUGUUCUGAUCCCUCCCGCCCACCCUGAUCAGGCGCUGCUCGAUCCCAGAUCUACAUACGUCACAUGGGAAUCACCAAGAAAAGGACUCGUCUACAUCUUAAACAACAGCCACUUUCCCUACCUGCCUGAUAGGUCGAAGUUGAGGCGAGGGUCAGAUGUCGAUCUCCAGAACGUCAAACAUGUAUUUUCUCAGCUCGGCUUCGAACCACUGGUUCAUCAAAAUCUCUCCAGGGUGGAGAUUCUCAGUACACUUGACGAGACUGUUAAUCGGAUCAACGCAGAGGGCGACGCUCACAGUUCAUUCUGCUUGUUCUUCAUGAGUCAUGGCAAUUGGGAAGGCGUCUCGGGUACGGAUGCACGCCCUGCAGACCAUCGUAUCGUCACCAGAGACGAGAUUAAGGCCAAGCUUACUGGUCGAAGAUGUAAAGCUCUUCUUGGGAAACCGAAGCUUAUUUUCAUCCAAGCUUGCAGAGGAAAUGCAUUUACUCGUAAUGCUGAUGAGCUUGACGCCAUCGGGAAGUCAACGACAGAGGUCCAGGACGAAGAACCUCCCUUCGAGAUGGACUACGUAUCAGCGACACAACCACUGCGGAGCAAGGAACAACCUUUCGAAGUGGAUUUCGUACCACGGGUCACUCCGACUCCGUCACCUACCAUCGAGCUGGAUUCCCUGGACAGUCCUUUCGGUACAGUCGACUUGGAUGUUGAUGGGGGUGGAGAGCUGCCUAAUAACUCUGAUAUAUUUGUGGCCAAUGCAACCUCGAACGGGUACUACUCAAUCCGGAUGCGGAGGGAAGGGUCAUGGUUUAUUCAAGCCAUCUCAGAGGUCUUUCUAGCGCAUGCACACGAAGAUGAUCUUAAUGAACUAAUGAGGAAGGUGACCUGCCUUGUGACCGAGAGCUACCGGUCACAGUUCUCGGAUGAGGUGACGAAUCGUCCUUUUGAGGUGCGUCAGACUCCCGCAUACGAGUGUCAAGGGAUGCGAAGACGAUUUUACUUUCUGCCCAAGUAUCCAUAACAUAGCAGCGUCAUCCUUUUUAAACUUGCACACGAGGCUGCUGACGUAGAGCUGCGUCAGGUCAGAGAUUGGUGCGACCUUUGUGUGAGAGUAAAAUCAAACAUAAGUGAAAUAAAUAUGAACAUUGCAAAUAAUUGACUUGCAAUACUGGCGUAUGCGCUAAUUGCCGUCAUUGCGGCUAGAUUGGCGCAGGAAAUAACCCAAUCGAAAUGACGCCUUGUGUACAAUGGGCAUUUACAGGAGAUAAAACAAAUAACCGUGUUUCUCUUGAAACAAAAUGACAAAUGGUGUUUCAGUGCUGAUUUGGAAAUAUAUAAUAAUAAUAAUAAUCCGUUUUUUUAUAUGGCGCUCAAUACACCGACCCAACGAUGUGCCUAAGAUCUUUACAGAUAUAUAUUUGUUUCUAGUAAUUCUGAGGCUCUUGCUUGAUAACUCGUCUACGCUCAACUGCCACGAUGUAACUAUAACAAAAUUACCGUGUUCAUCUUGAAACAAAUGACAUUGUCGUAGCUACAGGGGAUGGGGGACGUGCCCCUCCCGAAAUAAAUGGCGAACAGUUAUAUCUAAAAAAUAAAGGUAAAGGUCGAAAUGAGAUGAAAGAACUCACUCCUAUAAUCGACGGCUCUGAAAAUGGGCAAUCUUAAGACGGCACUAUCACAAAAAUAUAAAAGAAAAACGAACAAACUAAAACUGAAAGUAUAACCCCAUGCACAGCUGGAAAGCAUAAUGCUUUUGGAGAGUCGAAUGACGAAUGAAGCAUAAAUAAAUGAUAAUUUAAUUUGAAAGUUAUAGGCAUCUUUUCCAUUCUGAUAUAUUCUAAACAUAUAAGUAUAUGUUGAUCAUUAUCAUGAUUAAUACAAUUUUCUACGCUGUAUGAUGUUUUGUGCUUUGUUGUAUGAAACUAAUGAUAUUUGUGUUGGGUUAUGGAUUUGGUUUUUUUUCCAAGUUCUUUUUUAUCACUAUUUUGUAAAUUUGUUAUUUGUGCUAUGGGUUCACCCGUAAACCUGUAGCCGCUUGCUUUACAGGGUACUGUUUCAUACUUAAUUUCUCGAUAUGUUCAAAGAUUUCAUGAAAGAAAGAAAUUGAAUGGAAGUGUCUCUCUUUCCACUUUCCAUCAAUCUUUCUUCUCCGUUCACCCCUCAAAGGCUCAAACUGUCACAAAUGCAUUUAUGUGGACGAGUUGACUUUAAAGUAUUAACUUAUAUAUAAUUACCCCUAUUACAAUAAUGGUUCUCUGCCUGUAUCUGUUAUAGCUGUGAUAUAUCUCCACAGUUAAAGUCCGUUUGUAAGAAAUUAUUUAUUAUUAAUGUCAAGGACUAUGUAUAUUUCUAUACUAAAUAUUUUUUCCGUUUCUACAUACGGUAUACCAUUUAAUGUUACAGUAUUUGCAAU